CUAUAGGCUCAAUUCUAGUCAUCUCUAUCAAGGAGGAGCUUCCAUAACUUGCUAUUUAUUUCUGAUACUUUCAUUGUCCCUCUAAGUGCACCAUGAUCCCGGUCAUUGAUUUCUCAAAGUUGGAUGGUGAGGAGAGGCUCACUACUUUGGCUCAAAUUUCCAAUGGAUGCGAAGAGAGGGGAUUCUUUCAGCUGAUAAACCAUGGAAUUCCAGCGGAGCUUCUCGAACAGGUGAAGAAGGUGUGCUCUGAGUGCUUCAAGCUUGAAAGAGAGGAAGGCUUCAAGGACUCCGACCCUGUUCAUUUGUUGAACGAAUUAGUGGACCAUGAUAAUGGUCCUAAAGGCAGGUCCCAGCAUCUGGAUAAUGUGGAUUGGGAGGAUGUAUUUGUUCUCCAAGAUGAUAACAAAUGGCCAUCCCAGCCCCCAGAGUUCAAGGAGACCAUGAAGGAGUACAGGGCCGAACUGAAGAAGCUGGCUGAGAAGGUAAUGGAGGUCAUGGAUGAGAACCUGGGUCUGGAGAAGGGCUACAUUAAGGAGGCAUUCUGUGGCAGUGAAGAUGGCCAACCCUUCUUUGGCACCAAAGUUAGCCACUACCCACCAUGCCCACGCCCUGAUUUAGUUCAUGGCCUUCGUGCCCACACCGAUGCAGGUGGCGUUAUCCUCCUCUUCCAAGAUGAUCAAGUCGGAGGCCUCCAAGUCCUCAAGGAUGGCCAGUGGAUUGAUGUCCAACCAUUAGCCAAUGCCAUUGUGAUCAACACUGGCGACCAGAUAGAAGUGCUGAGCAACGGGCUGUAUAAGAGCGCAUGGCAUCGUGUUCUCGCUACCCAAAAUGGUAACAGAAGGUCCAUUGCAUCCUUCUAUAAUCCAUCUCUUAGUGCCACCAUUGCCCCUGCGAAGAAGUUGCUCGAAGGCCAAACAAUGAAAGAAGAAGAAGAACAUGGUGGUGCUGGAUAUCCUGAGUUCAUGUUUGGUGAUUACAUGACAGUGUAUACGAAGCAGAAGUUCUUACCCAAGGAGCCAAGGUUCCAAGCUGUGAGAGCUAUGUGAAUGAAGAGAGGAAGAUGGUGAAGUUGGUGUGAGGUUUAGCUUCCUUUGUAUAUCAGUCGUUUUUCCAGAAUAUCCUUUGUGUAUUAGUCCCAGCGACAGUUGCAUGAAAUUUGUUGUUGUAGCCUUCCCACCAAAGGGAGUGGAAGAGUUCCUACUGAUAGUUCAAUUAUUAUUAAGAAGUAUACUCUUCUUUAUUAAAAAAAAAAAGGUUGGCUGAUGCUAAAUUA